AUUAGGUGCUGUUACUGAAGAGUUCUUGAACUCUUAUUUCUGAAUUAAAUCUGAAAAUUUCUUAUCUUGGGUUCAAUACCUGUCAAUGUAAACUCAAAAUCUAGGCCCUUUUGUGCUUUUGACGUUGAAAUCUGUCUUCAAAGCAAAAGUAGCAAAUGCCAUCAAGUGAGUUAAAGUACAUACUAGUGGCCACCAUAUGUAUUUGUCCAAGCUGUUAUCUGUUACUUCUGUCUUCUGAUUCACUUUACAAGGAACUUGAAGGCAAGUACUGGCUGGACAAUCAGUCAUUUUAGCUUAAUAAUGUUGAUGUCAAUCUUUGCAUUGAGCCAUUGCAAAUUCUUGAUAACACACAGAUACUCUUUGAAUCUGCUUCUGGAUGGUAGAAAUUUUAUAACUGCAGCUUCUUCUUUCCUGGUGGAGGAGUGCGUCAGUUUGUUGUGGAUUAUUUAAGUAGAAUCUAGGAACUUGUUGAAUUGAAUGAUUGCACGAUACAUGAGCUUCGUGGAGAGCCACUCUCAGCUUGCAUUUAGCUGAAAUGACGAACAAACAGGAUUCACAUAACACAUCAGAAAUAAAGCCCGCUAAUCAGGUAUCACACGAGUCCCAAUGUGAACAACCAAAUAAUGUUACAGAGACACCUGUACCGGAUUCAGGUUCAGUUUCUGUGUCAAACAAUGACAACAGAAAAGUUUCACGCCAGGAUAUUGAACUUGUCCAGAAUUUGAUAGAAAGAUGUCUACAGUUGUAUAUGAAUAGAGAUGAGGUUGUGACGACCCUACUGAGUCGCGCCAGAAUAGAUCCUGGGUUCACAACAUUAGUGUGGCAGAAAUUAGAAGAAGAAAAUGCUGACUUUUUCCGGGCUUACUACAUAAGACUUAAACUGAAGAAACAAAUUAUCUUAUUCAAUAACUUGCUUGAGCAUCAGUGCCAUCUAAUGAAAUAUCCAGCUCCUCUGAAGGUUCCUUUAUCUCCUAUUCAGAAUGGAAUUCAUCCAAUGGCGGUCAAUAAUUUACCUAUGGGAUACCCUGUUAUACAGCAGCCUCCAGUUCCCGCUGCAGGCCAACAUCAUUUUGAUUCUACAGGGUAUACCACAUCUAGCUGUCCAAUUGUUAAUGGAGUUCCAGCACCAGGAAAUUUCCAUCCAGUUCGAAUGAUGUCUGGGAAUGAUCUGAUGAUUGACACCAGUUUAGUUGAUGUAUCGCCUGCUAUGCCUCCAAAUAAUGAGAUGUCAUCCAUGUCAGAUAUGCCCGUGAGCCCCACAUCAGUUGCUUCCACUGGACAUUUCCCGUUCAGCGCAUCAGAGAUAUCUGGCAUAGGAGUAGAGACAUCAACCCUUGACACGGCCUUUACAUCUGAUGUGGCAAGUUCAAUAGGACUACAGCUUCCACCCAAUAAUGUUGCUGGAACUUCUAGAGAUUCCCUAAGAUCCUUGGCUCAGAUACCUUGGAACUUCAGUCUUUCAGACUUGACAGCAGAUCUAUCGAAUUUGGGAGAUCUAGGAGCUCUUGGAAACUAUCCCGGUUCUCCCUUUUUGCCUUCUGAUUCGGAUAUUCUACUUGAGUCUCCGGAGCAAGAUGAUAUUGUAGAGGAGUUCUUUGUUGAUUCUGUUCCUGGGCAGCCAUGUCCAACAUCGGAUGAAGAGAAAUCCUAGCUUCAGUCAAGACACAUUCCCCUGGAAGUUGGAUAAUUUAGUAGAGAGCUAGUUGGAUAUAUAACAAUUGUCUAGGAAGAAUCAUAUUAGAUGCACGUAUCGACUAAACUAGAUGUUAGACCUUUCAUAAGAUAUAACCAUGCUAUAAUAGCAUGAUUUAUUGUAAUCUUAAUCAAUGCAGUGAAAAUCGAGCAUGAUGCAUCUCCAAGAGAUAGAUCUUAUCAUGUUAUUUUGUAUUUUCUUGGUUAGAACAAUAUUAUUAUAACUUAUAUAAUAUUGUAAAAUUAUGCACAUGAUAAGAUCUAUUAGUUAUA